ACCGGCUCGCUUUCGAGUUCCGCCACGGGAAACUGAAACCAUAGAAGAGGAAAACCCUUGGCAAGAGAAGAAGAAGAAAUGGCGACCGGCGGCCCCGCGAAGAACCACAAGAAGGCGAACCUCUUGGAUCCCCAUUCUAUUAAACACAUCCUCGACGAAUCCGUCACUGAGGUCGUCACGAGCCGUGGGUACGUGGAAGACGUGAGGCUUAGCAACUUGAGAUUGCUGAUCGGGUCCAUCAUCAUCGCCAUCGCCCUCGCUGCUCAGUUCUACCCGAAGAAAUUCCCAGAGAACAGGGAUUUCCUCGUCGCCUGCAUCGGAUUAUAUAUAGUUUUCAAUGGACUAUUGCAGUUCAUCAGCUACACAAAGGAGAAGAAUGCGAUCCUCUUCACAUAUCCCCCUCCUGGAUCCUUCAAUAGCACUGGACUGAUUGUGUCUUCGAAGCUGCCAAGGUUCUCUGACAUGUACACUCUUACAAUAGCCAGCGCAGACCCAAAGUCCAUUUCUGCUAAUAAGCCAGUCCAUCUUACUAAGAGUGUCACAAAAUGGUUCACCAAAGAUGGGGUCCUUGUGGAAGGUUCGUUCUGGAAGGAUGUUGAGAGACUGAUUGAUGACUAUAAUGGAGAACGGAAGAACAAAUGACUAUCUGAUGAUUUCCUGCCUUGAUGGAAAGGUGCUGGAGGCUUAUCUUGGAAAGGUGCUUACUGGCUGCUGUCAAUCUCAUAAUUGGAAAACGUUGUUACAUUUCAAAAGAGCAUGAUGUAACCUAAUCAUCAUUUUACUGGCACAUCAAACAUAUUGAUUUCUCUGAUGAUCCUUUUUGACAUUAAAUCGUAUGGAGCAGCAUCAUAUGUUAUCGGCAUGCCAAUAUGAAGAUUUGCUAGGAGUAAAAUGGUUCAAACACUAUCAGAUUGUUUCAACUACUUGCCAUUGUUAUUUUGAUUUUUCAUUCACUCGUAGCAGUGAGUAAAAGAAUCAACAGCUGGGAAGCAUGUGUGGUAUACCAAGUUCCUACUGUCUUUUUUGUGAUCAAGUAUGCUUGUCCUGAGAUGAAAACAGCUAUUAGUCAAUGCCAUCAUAAGCAAACAUUAGUAA